AUGGAGGACGCGGCGUUUGGUUUCCACCUGGACGGUUCCGGAUUCGCCGACAGCGAAGGUCUCUUCCUUCAGUCGCCGUCUUCAGUCGGUUCUCCACUGUCUUCUCCCUCGCCCACGCGCGGGCGAGAAGAUCCGUUUCUGUCCUCGGGCCCCAGCUCGAGUCCGUUAAAACCCGGCUCUUUGCGCUGCCGGGAUGAACAGGAUCUCAACGCCCCAGCACCUGGCGCACUUGAUUUCUCUGAGCACCCUACCCACUUCGACACAAAAAGCACGUUUGACGCUUCCCUAGAGAACCUCCACACAGACCAGGAAGUUGCCUUUGCGAACGGCGCGCCAGAGAGACGGAGAGAAGGACCGGCAGACGGCGCGCGUCCUGCCGCCGCGCCCUGCUCGUUUUUCCAAGAACAACGCGAUGAAGAUCCCGCCCCUGGCCGCGAAGGUAAUGGAUCCCGAGGAGACACACCGCGCACCCAGGCGCCCGCCGCGUGGGGCGCAGAGACAGUGGAGAAGGACGAGAGCGAAGAACGGCGACGAGACGCCGAGAGGCAUGCGGACGCCGAGAUGCAUGCAAACGCAAGGAGCGGAGACGCAGGGGGAGAAGCAGCGACUGACGCGGGGCCUUCUGCGGCGCGUCCACUGCAUGCAGCGGAAGAGGAGGACCGACGGGGGUGUCUGGGAGAGGAGGGAAGGAGCGAGAGAAGGAGACUGAGAGGCGACGAGCCUGCGUGGAGAGCCUGGAUCGCGCGGUGCGAAUCCGAGAGAGAAGAGGAAGAACCUGAGGAGAGGGGCGAAGCCAGGGUGAAGAGGGAAGAGGAAAGAACGAGAGGAGAGGACGGGACCAGAGAAGAGGAGAGAAUCUGGGAAGAGACACAGGGAGGCAGAGAAUGCAGGCACGAAUCCGGAGGGGAGACAAAGGGCGAAGGAGAGGUUUUGCAAGACGAAGACGAAUGGCAGGGAUUUCAAUCUGCUCCACCUUCCCCAGUCUCUGUUUUCCCGAAUCAAAAAACCCCGGUCGAGCAGGUUUCUUCCCAGCUGGCGGCUGUAGAGAAUCCAUCCGGUGUCUGUGCCGUCCAACCCCCCACUGUGUCUCCUUACGAGGGACAACCCGUGGAAACCCGUCGAGACAGUGACGUUUUCGACGUUUCGCCAUCCUCCAGCUCCCCCCAGUCCCUCUCUGCUGUUCGCGAAAAAUCUCAGCCAGAGCCUCUCUCCCGCUCCGUUCUCACUUCCUCCUCUUCCACGUCCUCUUCCUCCUCUUCCUCAUCGUCUGCUUCCUCCUCUUCUUCUUCCUCUUCCUUUUCUUCCUCUUCUUUCGAGACACCAGCCUCUCUUCCUGCAGUGCUGGCCUCGAGUGUGGCGAGCGCCGAGCAUCUCUACCAGGCGGUUGCGUACGGGAAGAUUUGCCUGCUGCCGAUGAAGGAUUGGGAAGGCGAUCGGGAGGCGCGGAACACGACGGUUAGCCGGUUAACCGCAGUUCUCUCCGCAGUUCUCUCUGCAACAGUCGACCAGAGUGUAUCCGUAACGACAAAGACAACUAAGUACCUCCGAGCGCGCGCCAAAGUCGAGGCCGACUACGCGAAGCUCCUUCGCCAGUGCGUGGCCUCGGGCCGGGCGAAGAACGCGGCGAAUCCGUUCACACUUCUGCAGGCGAAAAGCGCGGACCCUUUCGGGUUACGGAAGGAGACCAAGAAGGACCAGGAUCUGGCCGGCAUCCCCGCGGGCGGGGGGCCGGCGCUGCGGGACAAAAAGGCGGCAAGUGGGAGAGACAAAUCCAAGCGGAGCUCAGGCAGCGAGACUCACAUGGCGGGAGCGGCGAGGCGAGAGGAGAACGAUGAGACUGGAGACGGAAAGGAAGGAAGUACAUCCUGUGGAGAGACGGAGGACGGCCGCCGGAAGUCCGCCUUCUCGUUCUCUCACACGCAGAAAUCCGCGUCUCGCGACAACCCCCCUGGGAAGACACCCGGGGGGGCCUGGACGCUCAGAGGAGCGGCGCGAGGCCAAUCGCGAGGCUCUUUCUCGACUGCGGGAGGGCGAAGACGGAGCUCCUCGCUCUUCUCCCAAGACGUCUCUUCGCGGGGAAGGGACGAGGCCGAAGAAAGGCGAGGCUCUCGCUCCUCAAUCGGCACAGACGGACUGAGCGAGCGAACGAGCCCGCCCGGAAGCGACACCGUUUUGGGGUUUGAACACCCGCUCUCGGAGCGCCAGGAGAGCAGGGAGAGCAUGCACGCCUUCGAGGCGGCCGGAGGUACUUGUUUGCGCGGAGAGACCAGCGACCGUGGCGCACUCCCCAACGGGUCUUUAGGGUCGAUGUACGAAGACAUGCCUAUCGACCCCGUCCUGGACGCGUCGCCUGGAGGCGAAGGGAAGGACGGCGACCGCUGUUCCCAGCAUUCGCGGACGCCUUGGGACGCCUCCUCAGCUGUUUUCUCUCCCGGCGCCUUCACACCCCACAGCUUGAACCCUUCGCUGGCUUCGACGGCGCCCUCGGUCCGGGCCCGCGCGGAGACUGGUGUCCCUUCCGACCCCGACCGACCCCGAGUCGCAUCGCUCCCGAACGCGGGGGGCGAGCGGCGGGCCUCGGCAGUGGGCGUUGUCUCGCCGGAAAAAAGCGGCAAAUGGGGCUCCACAGCCGCUUCUUUUCUCUCGCAACUCGCCCCACAGUUCGUCCGACCGGCGCCGCCUCUGGGGCCCGAACGGGGCCCUGGGAAGCCAAGUCGCGGGGCGAGCGAGGCCUCUGCGGGGCCAGGCGUGCGCGCUUCCGCGGGCCUCUCCGCAGACGCACACCGAGGCAGAGAGGAGGGCGCCGCGUGCGACGAGGCGGCGCUGAAGGCGCACGAAGAGGCGAAGGCAGGCGACCCUGCGCUCGCGCUGGGCACCCACGGCCAAGAUUCACGUGCGAUUCAAGAGACGCUCUUCCCCUCGAUGUCCUCCAGCGCCUGGCUGCUCGGCCUGCUCGAAAUGAAUCAACAGACGGCGCUGCAAAGCGAAGUGCUCGGCACGUUUGUCGAAACCGAGCUUGUCCAGAAUUUCCUCCAAAAGCUCUGCUCCGAGUACGAACGUGCAGCUGCCCGACACCUCGACUCCGUCAAAAAGUACCGGCACCAAGCGGUUAAAGCCAAUGAAGCUUGCCGACAGGCCUGGCUGACAUACGAACAGGCGUGCGAGGAGGCUUCCCGGGACAUGAUUCACGCGUUGAAUCGCGAAGGGCCGUCGGCUGGAGCCCAAGGGACAGGAGCCGGAGGCGCCGCGACCGCGGGGACAGGGGCGAGCCGCAAGAGCCCGCAGUGCAGCUGGUUGCUGGAGAGAAAGUUUGCAGUGGCGGCUCGCAAGGCGCAGAAAGAGGAGUUGAUGCAUGUGGGGGCUCUGCUGGGCUGUUUGUUUCAGCUGCAAUGCUUGGAAAAAUGGAGAUGCGAAACUUUGCGGCACGCGCUCCAGUCGUUCCUGCUGAAGCUGCAAAGUUGCCUCUCCGUCGUCCUCGUGACCCUCGACCGAGUGUCUGAGAUUCUCGAGUCGGACCCGUCGCUUUCGUCGCAGGGAAGCCUUGCGUCCCGGUUGCCUUCCUCGGAGUUGCUGCGCGCCGCGCCGCCCGCGCCGGGAUCGGUCUCUGUGUCGUUCUCAUCCUUUUCGCGUCCCGCGUCUGGGUCGCCGCGCUCGGCAGCAGCGCAGAUUGCGGAGCACCUGCGUCGGAGUCAGCAGGAGAACCUGGAUCUGUUGCGCGCGAAACGCAGGGCGUUGUGGAGCACGAAGGAGCUGUCUUCGUACCUCCCGGGCCCCGGCGCUGUGGGGCGCGGCGGCCUCGACGCUCUCGCCUCGCCCCAAUCCCUGUCUUCCCGGCAAGGCGACGAGCGCAGGAAGAGCAGCCGCCGCGAGAAAACACGCAAAGGAGCGCGACGGAUGACGUACUCGAGGCCCACACAGGGUGAUUUGGUAGACCGCGCUCAGUUCGCCGACGCACCCGACGGCGCCUCCACAGACGAAGAAAACCGAGACACAAGCCGCGUUAAAGCGCGGCGCGCUCCCGACGAGGCCGAGACCGAAGAGUCCAGCGAAGAAAGUCGCGAAUGCUGCGAGACACCAGAGAGGCGGCAAUCGGCCAGGAACGGAGCGCGACGCGGCGAGGGUGGACGGCGAUUCGCAACAGGAUGUGGAGAGGACGAGGCCUGCGGCGCGAAGGAGCGAAGAACUGCGUGGGAAGGAGACGGAGACAGAGCACAAAGGCCCGCAGAAGAAGGAGACGAACGGGCGCGUGAAGAGGGCAGAGUGGAGAAAAGCGAGGAAGGAUCAGGCCGACGCGGCUCAUUCGAUCCAGCGCGCCGUCUGCCGCCGCGAAUCCCUCGACGCGGGAAGGCCGGGAACCGGGGCAUAUCUUGCGGCCGGGACGCCGAGCGAAAGAAAGUGGAUGCGAAACGCGAAACCGAAGAACGAGAAGACUUCGCAGCUGUGCUGUCGCUGCUCAAACACUGCGGUCUUCUGGAAGCGUCGGCUCGGCACAGCGUGGAUAGGAGUUCUGUGGACGAGCUGAUGGUUCCAGCGUGUGUGAAGUGCCCGCUGAUUGUUCAGAUGGCGCGGCAGCUCCAGUACGCGCCUUUCCCGAUGAGUCACCGCGUGUGCAAGCAGGGCGUCGUUGAGCGCCAGGCGGGGGGCGGCGGCACGGGAGGCCCGUUCACCGGAUUUCUUCAAAAGUGGAGAUCGGGGUUUCUCGUUCUCACCUGGGACCGAUUUCUCCACAUGUUCCGACAGGAAGAAGACGUCGAGGAGGCGCGACCUGCUUGCUGGAGCAUCUCGCUCGCAAAAACGGAAGUGCACAAAUGCAAGACGCGCGAUCAGAAAGAGGCUACGAUUGAAAUUCGAGAGAAACGACGACGCUUCUUCUCCUCUCGAGUGUCCGGGGUCUUUCGGCCUCCGACUGCUCGUGAGUGCGACGAGUGGAUGUCUGCCUUGGAAACUGUGGUGAACGAUACAGCGUUUUUCGAAGCAGCCGCGGCGCGGGCGACAAUGCUGCGCUCCACCAACCUCGAGCUGUCGCUUCCUCAGCGCCGAGGCUCGUGCACCCCUGGCACUCCACGCUUGUGGGGCGAAGGCGUCUGCCUGAUUUCGUCCCUGGCUGCGUUCCACGUGGACACGUUGUCGCCCGAAAGCAGUGCGACGAUCGAUGAGUCUUCAGUCGGCGACGCCUCUCGCUGUUCGUCCCCAACUUGGAGAAUCCCCCCGCACUUUCAGGACAUGGCCCUGGCGUCAUUCUCGGUGUUUCCGGUCGCCAAAGACGCACCCGACGCGGCGAGUGCGGCAGACGGUCCGGGGAAAAGCGCCUUUUCGUCGAUGCCCAUCUUUGAGCACCGCCAGAGAAACUCCUUUUCCUCGACGUCGCCGUCCUCGCUGCGGAGCGGCCGCCGGUCGUCCUAUCUGUUGCCGGACCAGACCGAGUCCAGCAGUGGCGAACGGUUUCCAGGGCGCUUACGAGGAAACAGAGAGUUCGAGGGAAGAACGGCGGACCUUGCAUGCACACUCCCUCCCUGCUCUCGAGUGAUCGGAAAAAUCAAUCCUUUCGGAGAAGAUGGCGACGACUCACCGCACGGACUCACGCGAACAAGACCCAGUGGAAUCCCCGGAGACGAAUAA